AUGUCAACUCUUCCUGUAUCUUCCUUCGAUGAUGACACACCAUCUGACUUACUUGGUCCAUUCAGAUUCCUGGUGAAAGCUUCUUUGCUAGACUGCUCCACAAAAUCUAAGUGUUGUUCUGUUUUCACAUGUCUUUUGGGAGUUGUUAUGGUUGUGGUAACGCUAAUAAGAAUCUCAUUUUUAAUGGAAGCAGUUGGAGCUCCGUUAGAAUUAGGAUGGGGAGAAGGAAUUUUCUUCGGGUAUCCUGGUUUAACUGGAUUUGUAUUUUCCCUAUGCCUUUUUGGAUGGACUAAAAAUGGUUUGAUCCCAAAGUUUUGCAAGCGACUGGUUCGGGUUCGAAUGUUAAGACAGGCGGCAAACUCAAAAUUAGAUAAAUUCCGAAUCCUACAUGGUCUUGCACUUGGCUUCUCAAUUCCUUGGUUUGUAGCAAUGAUGUCUUGGAUAAUUUACAAUUUUGUUCAUGGAAAAGUUUAUUAUGGAGGCCCUGAACAAAGUAUUGCCAAACGCAUCUUCCUUAUCAUAUCCAACUUCUACGUUUGGUUUAUUUCUACUGUUUGCCUUGCAAUUUACAUAUUCAUCUCGGCCGCUUUAAAUCGGGAAGUCAGCUAUUUCAAUGAAGAGCUGAAAAAAGCCAAAGAAGAAAAAACGCUGAGAAAUAUUGGUGUUCUGGAGAAAUUCGAUUUCCGCCAGAAUCAGAUUCUCGAGAUGAUCUUGUUUGCUCAUGAGUCACUGUCAAGUCUUGGUGGAUUUGUUCCGUUGUUCAUGUACUGGGGUCUGGCCAAUGGCGUCUACCUUACAUCAUUCGUCUACGACGUGCCUCUUCUCUACGCUAUAAUAGUUGGCUUCAACCUUGCCUCCAUAAUCUUCUACAAUGUAUUCGUUAUGUUCCCCGCAAUAAUUUUACAGGAACAUCUGAAAACUACCACGAGAAUUUUGAUCAAUAAUGAUGAGUUUGAAUGCUCAAAAGAUCCAAUUGUAUACCAAACUUAUCGUAUUAUGAUUGAUCGCUUCCAAAAAGUUAACACUAACAUUUCAAUUAUUGCUUCCCUACCAAUAACAGUUCAAACUUUUGCUGCUUGUUCAUUUGUAGCUCCAAAUUUGGGUUUUCUGUUGAUAAUGGUCAAAAAUGUUAUUCUUGUAAAUGGUGGUCACGUUUGA